AGAAGGGGCGAAGGAUAAGAAAACAUCGCGAGCUCGACGUCCUCAGCUGAACCUGAAGCUGCAGGAGGCAUUUACAUUGAUCCUCUCCAGUUGUAAGCAUGGGGUUCACUUCUGUGGUCCACAAUGGCGUUGGGUCUCGACUGAAAUUAGAUCUAGGGCUUCAUAGACUUUCUCCUCCUUCACCAAUUAAAGCUUCGGUUAGAUCGUUGGUUCACUUCACACACCAGAACGAUGUCUUCCGUGCUGUGGAGUAUCGUCGUCGAGUUCGUGUCGCACCAAUUGUUUGCGCCCGACGGACUGAACAAGAAGAAAUUUCGUCAGCUUCAGAAGAAACCGGAAGGACCAGUUAUCAAGCACAUGAUUACAGUGACAAUACUGACAAUGCCUCCCACUCCAUCUCCUCUGCUGGAACUCCAGGAGAAAUUCAGGAGCGUGACCCUGAUUAUGUGUCAUCCAUAAGAACUGUUGCAUUAUGUGUUUGCACAGCAGUGGUAUUUGGUGUUGGUUUGGGCUUUAAAGAUGGAGUUGGAAAGGCAUACGAGUUUUUUGCCGGGUAUCUGCUGGAGCAAAGUUUGUCAGUAGACAAUCUCUUCGUCUUUGUUCUGAUUUUCAAGUACUUCAAAGUACCAAUUAUGUAUCAGAGUCGGGUGCUCUCGUAUGGCAUUGCUGGUGCAGUUAUAUUUCGUUUAUCAAUCAUUCUUCUUGGAACUGCCACCAUUCAGAGGUUUGAGGCUGUGAACCUACUACUGGCAUCAAUUCUACUGUACUCAUCAUUCAAGCUUUUUACUGGAGAAGAGGAAGAGGAAGAUUUGUCCAACAACUUUGUUGUGAAGACAUGCCAGAAAUUUAUCCCUGUCACUUCUGGUUACGAUGGCAAUCAGUUUGUCACUCUUCAAGAUGGUGUAUGGAAGGCAACACCUCUACUCCUUACAGUAGCCGUUAUUGAGCUCAGCGAUAUUGCCUUUGCUGUUGACUCAAUACCGGCAGUUUUUGGUGUUACACGAGAUCCCUUUGUGGUCUUCACUUCAAAUAUCUUUGCCAUUUUAGGUUUAAGGUCACUAUACACUCUUAUUUCUGAAAGUAUGUCAGAGUUGGAGUAUUUACAGCCUGCCAUUUCUAUUGUUCUGGGCUUUAUCGGGUGCAAGAUGAUCUUGGAUUUCUGUGGGUACCAUGUGUCAACUGAGGUUUCAUUGGGUUUUGUAGCAACUAGUCUCAGUGCUGGGGUGCUGUUGAGUCUCAUGAAGAAGUCGGACCGAAAGAAUUGAAUCCCUAAAGAACAAAAAUAUCGGGUGAAAAAAUCUAUGUUAUUAUUACCAAUUACUUGGCUUACACGUAGAGGGUCACAAGAUCAAUUCUGUUUAAAAUUUAUUGACAAAACCAAAGUAUCUACUAACAGAAGGGAAGCAAAACUAUGAGUACCAAAUUCUGAUAGGAUGGAAAUGUAAAUUGUUAAUAACAGAAUUUAAUGUGCUAUUUAGUUUAGUAUUUGUAUUGUGCU